ACAGAUAAAAAAUCAAGGACGUAUUUUCUGAACCCAAGAAGUUGGUGGCCGAAAUUCAGCAGAGAAAUGCUUGUGCUAAGCUCUCCGACCGGAGCUCUAGCGUCCGGAAAAUGUUCCAUCAAAUUCAAAGCUCCGAUUCAACCUCUCUUCUCCAAUACCACCAUUAAUCGAAGACCCAAUUGCGAGAGGCUAAAAAGAAUGGGAUAUAUUUGAAAGCUGUUUAACAUUUAUAAUUGCUCCAUUGAUUCUUUGAGUUUAGUUGAUAUCAAUUCUUUGCUUUGGCUUGUCUUAUGAUACACAACCUGGAAACCUUAGAAUUUAAAUCUUGCUUUAUUGGUAUUUUAUUUCUAAUCUGAUAUUGUGAUUUGCAUUUCAAGUUGUACACUAUGCAUUGUUGCACAAGACAGCUCCCCUUCUGUGUCCUAAAGUUUCAUCUUUCUAGUCUUUGAUUAGUGACUUCAUCAUGUUCUAGUUUGCUUUAUACUGAUGCAAAUCUAAUAUAAUUCUGUCAAAUCCGUAUUUAUUCACAGCUGGGAUUAAUUAUAAGGACUGCAACAUUGGGCCAUAUUCCUCCAUACAGCUUUAUCUUGGUGACAAUGGGCAGCACUGCUGUUUUACUUAUUGGGUGGAGAGCACUACUUUUUAGCAUUUUCCCCAACAAAACAAACAAGAAGAACGAUGUCUACCGACGUGGCAGUCCAUUUGAGCUAUUUGAGUUGUUGACAUCAUUGGUACGAAGGUGGUAACAAUGAUACACAGUUACUCUGCCAUGAACCCUGCUAUGAAUAUUUUUUCCUAGGAUUGGCAUUGGAGCAUGUCCAUGGGAAAUUGGAAAGAGGAUGAUAACUACAUGUAAACUCUUUUUCCCACUUCUAUCCAAAAUUUGCAAUUACCCAACUUGCAUAUUGCCAAUUGCCUUCCAGGCCCAAUCGCACCAGACGGUAGUACAAAUCAUGACUCAAGAUAUAUGACUACCGUCUCGGAUCAAAAGAAAAAAGCUUGACGGAAACAUAUCAAUCAUUUGAUAACGUGGCUUCCUCUUAAUUUAAUGAUUAAUAUUGUAUAAUUUAAAUUGUAAAAUAUUUUUUCAAAUAAAGUAAAGUACUCUCU